CCAUACGGCGUAUGAAAAUCGUGUCUUGAGAGCCAGAACUGCCAUUACGGCAGUCAAAUCUGACGUUGCAUGACCAAGUGUUUCAUUAGCAAUUCGGGCGAGGGCUAACUAAUGUGACAAAUUUAAAAUAGCCGCGAUCAGGCAGUGUAGGUUAACAUCUUGGGCAUCACAAAUAAAACAUAUUGGAAUUGGAAAAGAAAUGAAGACAUGGUAUAAUGAGUAUAUAUUUUGAUUUUGAUAAGAACGGAUAGCAGCUUUGACAGAGAGCUUGAAAUGACCAGUUAAGGUUUUGCAGGCCUAAACUUGUUAAAAGCGUGAUAUCCCAUUACAACCAUGAGACUCGUGUAUCCAGUGACCGCCUUCAUCUGUCUGCUGCUGUCUUGCUGCUAUUGUCAAGAUCUUCCACCAAUAUUCGAACUACCACCUCCUCCUCCAUUUCCAGUAGAGCCACCGCCCUUGGGCCAAACGGAGAUCACUACGCCUACCAUUGAAUCUGUUGGCGGUAAUCCGGCCGACGUACACAUAGAGUCAAAUAAAACUCACAUAGAACAAAAUGACACAUCGUUGAUUAACGAUAGCGCUUUAAUUGAAAGCGACACAUACAAUACCUCAUCCAAUGCCAGCAUUGGACACAUUGUGACUGUAAGCAGUGUUACAGAUAAUCCGGGGAAUGACAGUAUUUACGUGGAUGUAAAUGUGACGUUUGAUGUUUUAUCAAGUAAUGGUACGACAAAUGAAACCGUAUCAGACAAUUUAGUAAUUUUUGAUACCUCAGGGAAUAUAUCUGACAUAUCUUUUGACAAAAACUUGACAGAAAAUAUAAACAGCAGUGGAAUUUUAACAGUAAAAAAUGAAUCAAUGCUCAGUAAUGAAUCGCAAUCGCUUGCACUACCUGAAAUUAUUGUUCCACGUGCACAGCAGUUAACUCCAGAAAUCCAUCAAGACAACAGUAACAUGACAGCCGACACUGCUGCAUCGACAUAUAAUGAAACAUUUUCUCAGAACGAAACACUUAUAUAUGAUUCAGCUAAUUCACAAAAUGAAACAGAAAACGUGUCAAUAGAAGUAACAACUACAGAUUCUGGCGUCAUUGAACAACCGUUACAGCUGUCGAUUGACCUUCCUCCUCCGCCCAUACCUGACAGUUCUUUACUUUCAUUCGAAGAUAAGCCUGGCGAAACAACUAUAGAAAUAAGUGACCAAAUGAUGCAGGAAAUGGUAAAUAUAACAGACUUUAAGACAAUCAAUGAAAUAAUACCAACAACAACACCAUUUUCCAUUACUAAGGCAGACUUCUCACAAAUCCAUAUGAAUUCAAGCGGUACAAAUGUAACAACUUACGAUAUAACGACUAGAGUUUACAAUAUUUCCGAAACACAACCGCGGGACCCUGAAAAACCAUCCGUCGACUUAGUGGGGGAAGAGGUAAAUAUUCAAAAGGAAGGCAAACACCAAAGCAAACCAGAGCUAGACACUUCAACGAAAUUAACUAAACAACCAGCUACAAGUGGUGCCGCAUUCGCGCCUGACCAUCCACCUCCAAUUAUAUUUGGUAGCCCUGAGUCUUUUAUUCCUGACCCCAUUGACCAAGGCCCAGUCUACGCUCAAGCAACUGUAGCUCAACGUAUUCAAGGACCAACUACUGAGGCUCCACCUCCUCCUAUAUUUCUUCCAUCAACAAAACAAGAUAAAGUGAUCGAAAUAAAUAUGCCAAAAGAAGAAGUACUUUCACAUCUUGAUAUCAACUAUGAAGAUCCGCGAUUUAUGAAUACGCUAGAACUGGCAGCAUUUGCUCUACAAAUGUCAAAAGAGCGUGGUGAUAAACGGAAACCGGGUCUUCAGACCUUUAUGAGAGGCAUUCCAGAAGAGACGAAGCAACGGCAAACAACAACAUCGACCUCAACAACAAUUCCCACAACAACAAAAACAACAACAAUUGCAACGUCUUCUACUACGACUUCACCGACCACCACUACUUCUUCAGCUCAACAACCGACGAAACAAGAUAAACGUUUUCUGCAACAACCAAUUCAGAACAGAAUUAUGCCCAAUUUUUUAAGAAAACUGUAUGAAAGUCAAUUAUCUCAGAUUUCAACCACACCGAUUACUACCACUCGAGAGCCGACGUUAUCAACAGAAGGGAAAACUAAUUUUUAUAAGGCUAAUUACCUCCUAGAACUUUAUGGACUAAAUCUUCCUACAACGACCAUAUCACCAUCAAUUUCACCACGGGACACAUCUCUUCGGGUUAAACCAAUCGCACAUAUGUUUUAUGACGAAAAGUAUCUUUUGUCUCAUCUAGGCACUGGUACGACAAGUGUCGGUCCAGUAGAAAACUUGCCGCGGAAGAAAACAGUGCCUACAAUUGAACAACCCGUUUCGCAUAUAAAUAAGCCCGAUGUUAAAAUAACUACGGCAGGACAUGCCCCACCUGCUUUUCCCCAUGAACAGCUUUUAAAUAAUCCGAAACGAACAUCUAACAUUGUACUAUCGAACAGAGUCCCACCACCAGCUGGUUCUUUCGCCCACGAAAGAUUGAAUAUCAAUAUGAUAGAUCCAACUUCUCCGAAGUCAUUACCUGGUGUUACGCAGCCCAAUCAAGGAUUAUAUGAUAGUUCUAAACGAUCCUCCUUUAUGAGGUCUUUAGAUACAUGGUUAAAAAGCCCAGAACUGAAACAGCCUUCAUUGGAACAAUUUGGUCCUGAAAAUCAAGCACUGAUAAAAAAUCAACAAAAAGGGCAGUCUGAAACGAGACCGUUGCAUCCAACCCCACACCAAGUUCCACUUGUGCCAUAUAAUAUACCUACAACAAUAAGUGAAAGUUCUGCAAAAACUGUACCUACGGAUACCAUUGUCUCUGUCAGUAAUGCGGUGUACAUGUUUAAGCCAAGGGGUCACGUGUAUGGGGACACAAGUAUAAACGAUGCUAAUAACGCCAUUCCAGACACCUUAAUGUCGUUGAAAAGUCGUUUUAAUAAAAAAUGGUCUCAUCAAGAAUCUCAAACAAGCAAUGAACACAUUUCAACUGACCAAGCUAGAAGUGCCCAAACCCGGGGAAGUGAUGACUUAUUCAAUAAAAUCUUCAAAAUAAAUGUCAAUAUUCCUUCACACAACUUUGAGACUAUUAGACACGAUGAACAACGCCAACUACAAAAGCAACAAAAACAAUUAAAUGAGCAAGUAAAAAGGGAAACGAUUAAACAACAACAAAGGCAACACGAACAAAUUCGACUGUUGGAAAAACAGCGUUUACAGGAACAAACGUUUCAAGACGAACAAAGACGACUGGAAGAAGCGUUGAGAGCACAGGAAGUUAAAGAACAGCAACGCUUGCUAGAAUUUCAAAAGGUAGAGUUACAGCUGCAGCAGCGUAUUGAACAGCAAAAAUUCGUUGAAGCAAUACAGCAAAAGCAGAAUGAAAAACAAAAUCGUUUAGUUCAACGUCGUCUGGCAGAUUUACAAGAACGACAACAGGAACAUAGUCUCUAUGAUCAGCAGCGCAGUAUUUUCAAACCGAAGGAGCAGGUUCGUUCGAUUCCAGCAAACGAGAUGCCUCUUUCGGCUCGAAUUGGAAUUAGAGCGACGUUACCCAAUUCAGAAAGACCUCACAGAUCACAAGCAGAACAUAUGCAAGUCUCGAGCAUUCAAAUUUUCCAAGCACCAGGUUUUCUUAACAGACCUAGAAACCCAAUACAGAAGAGCACAACAACACCUACUACUCAGAGGCCAAUUGCUUACACUACACAACAGCCACAUGUGCGGGAACAAUGGCAUGCGCAUGUGGACUGGUCUGAUCUGCAUGGACAUUUAGGAGUUCCGUACAAAGUAAAAAGACAACAGUUUACUGCAAAGACAAUGUCGCCUCAAACAACACCGUUGCCCAAUCAAGUGAGAGUACAACCAGAAAAAUCCUCUGCAAUCUUGCUGCCGAUAAAUACGGUAUCAACAGUCCGACCUACAGCGCUACCCCCCAACACAACACCAAUACCAACAACAACAACAACAACAACAACAACAACAUCAACAACAACAACACAGCGAAUUAUUCCACCUACAGCAGACCCUAAUCCACCUCCCAUCUUUGACACUAAAGUUCAAAUGACAUUUAUGCCUAUGCCACAAAUCGAAAAAACAACUAAACCAAGUGUAAAGAGUCCAUCUGCCGGUAUACAGGUUUCGCCUAAUUUCGAUGAACGAUGCAUUGGCUGCGUUUUUAUAAACGAACGCUGUUUGCUGCCUGAUCCAGUUCACUGCAAUUACUAUAUCGAGUGUGUAAGGCAAAACAAUGCUGCCAGGGCUUUCAAUCGAGAAUGCGCACUUGGGUCGUUCUUUGAUAGAAAGUCUUUCCUGUGUGUUGACCCCAAAAAUGCCGACUGCCCAACUGACCGGUGUCGAGAGGCAGAUACUAAAUGGUACCCGAUCCACGGUCACUGUAAGCACUACUGGUCGUGUGGAAUGCGAGAAGGGGGCAGUCCAUUCGCACAAAGCGAGUGCUGCCCGGACAUGGGAGGAUUUGUGGAUGGACAGGGAUGCAUAGAGAACAAGAAUUGUACAGACUCAUGCGAAAAACCGAUACAGAUGGAUGGACCUAAAGGGUGCUUCCUGCGUAAAACAGAAAAACCAUCCGUAUAUUUUGACGGAAAUGCAAACAUAGAGCGCCCAUGCGCGCCAGGGACGCUGUUCAAUGAACAAGCGUGUACAUGCGUGCAAGACGUCUCCGUAGAGCGAAGCCGGCCUGGAGCCGGCAGUUGCGCGCCUAUUCUAUCGAUGACAUUCAAUGAUAGCAAGAUAGUGGACGAGUCCAAUACGAAACAACAUAUAGGGGUGGAAGGCGUGACAACAUCUAUUCAAGGCGAAGGCUUGUUUAGCGGAAGUGGAAGACUUGUCCUGUGGCGCUACGCCAACUACAUGUUUCCAGUGGUCUUUGCUGUGAGACUGCGGUUCCUAUCAGCCAGCACAGAACCGCGAUACCAAACCGUCCUAUCCAACUGUGACACAAAGAGCACGCAGCAGCCGUCGUUUGAGGUGUCCAUCGACACGCUGUACCACGAGGUCAUAUUCAAGGUCGACACCUAUACAGGAGUCGCCAAGAAGUUUAAAAUAAUGUACAAUCACAACACGUGGACAGAAGUGGACGUUAUAUAUGACGGAGAAAGAAUUGUGGGCGCGGUGGACCGGCGACCGAGAAAUAUGUUUGCUGCAGGUGGGAUCGAGACCCGUCCCUACCCCAUUAGUGUCGGCUCCUGCAGUAGGUCCUCUGGCUUCAAGGGACUCAUGGACGAUGUUAACAUGUACGAGGAUUGUGUCCCUGACGAGAUGUACGGCAUAUUCAUGUCCGUCUUGGAAUAGUUCCUCUCUGAAUAACAUACCGCUGAAAUGAAGAAAACGGUUAUAGGUUAUAUUAAACAUUUCUAGCUGUUCUAUACCGAGUUUAACGCUUUGUAUAUAUUUACAUGAUCGCACAUUAUAUAUAACUUAUUUAAUAAU